CAAAGAUAACCAACUAUUGAUGUAAUACAGAUGUUCUAAUUAUCUGUAAUAUAAUCAUAUUUUAUUUCAAAAAUAGAAUUCCUGUCCAUUAAAAUAGUUUGUCAACAGGACUGACACAAAACAGGUAUGUGAUUCCAUAGCAUAAAGGAAGAACAACUGACCAUACUCUGACUGGAGCUUCAAUAUCUUUUUAAACUGGAAAUUACAGAAGCAUUUACUAUAGAAAAUUUUAAAUUCUUCAUGGGAAUGAUUCUAAUUUUUUUUCCAGUGCAAUUAGUCUUAAUAUUUUAAUGUUCUUUUUAGGUCUUUUAUUAACUGUACAGAAAUACUGGCUUUGGAACAUAUGAGUUUCAAACUGCACAUUUCUCUUUCCUGUCCCUAACCCUUCUAACACCUAAGAGCUCAGGACUGUAGGCUACCAAAGAUAUUCUGCAAAGACUAUUCCAUCUUGUCUUUCACAGGACUGUAAUAUUGGUUACAUAAAAGUACUGCGCUACACAGGCACCUGAUCUUGAUGAAAGCUAUGCUAAUUCUCUUCUAAUGCAUAACUGUCUUCCUCUGGAGAUGGGAGAAAUGUGAGGACUGGAAUUAAAGCUAAUUGAAUAAUGAAUCUGAAAUAUGCAGGUAGUUAAUGUUACAAAACAAAUAAUAUUUAAUCAAGAAGUACUUUAUCUUCUUGGACAGAUGCAACUGUUUCUACACUGCUUUUGACUCUCUAGAAUGAAAAGCAAUCUUCAUAAAUCUCUCAAAUAUAAAAAUAGAAAAUCUUUCAAUUUGUGGCAGUAGUAACUUAGCAGGAAAUAUCUUUCCUUUACCCCCCUGCCCUGCUUCAAUGUAUCCCUCACUUCCCUGUGCUGCUGUUGUAAUAGGGAGCUUUGUAACUGAACUUUGCUGCUUCAUGCUUCUGUGCUGUUACAGAUAAGCUGUGUGUUUUCACCUCAAAGAAAAGGUGUCUUUUCCCCACCUCUUCAUUCUUUCCUGAUUUGCACAUGACCAUAGACCAGUCAUAGUACACCUACAAAGAUGGACAGUGGAGUUACAAAGUAUAGCAAAUCACUUCCCCACUAUCAAAAUAAAGAGAGAUGCCAGUUCUUCAUACCUGAGGAAAAAGAUUCUUCUCAGAAGAGUCCACAAGAGAUACAGAGACAAGACCUGAAAGAAACAAAUGCAGUGUCAGAGAAAGCAUCUGUACCACUUGAACCUUGUGCACCAAAGGAAAAUCCUGUAAUUGCGAAAAAUGUAGAGGAAGAAGCAGAAGUAGUUUGCUCAGCUGCAGUCAGUAAACCUUUACAUAUUCAAAACUUGCAACUUCAAAAUGAAGGUGACUUUCAGGCAAAGAGUGACAUUCUUGGUAAUUCAUCUACGCAGCAUAUACAUCAACCUAAUCCUGUUUUAAUGGCAGCAGCAGUCCACAGCAUGGAAGCUGCCAGUGUUCAUGCUUCUGUGGAGGAUCCAGGAGGCUGUACAGCUACAGUCUUGCAGUUUACAGACCCUGACUACAUGAACUCAUCUCUGAAGCUGAACAAUGCUGUAGGGCCAGUUACUGAAUACACAAAUCCUGUCCCUCAUGUUGUCUGCUCUGGUGAAGUACAGCCAACAAGUGAAGAUGCAGUUUUACUGAGUACAGUGACACAAAAUAUUGAACAGUUCAGUGGAAGUGAAGAAUCUGUCAUUGCUAUUAUUAUGCCAGCUGAGAGUCCAGAACAGCCUGAAGUAGUAAAUAGUUCUUUCCUGGCUGUUAAGGAAGAGUUUCUUGACACUGAGGAGACAGAUAUGAUUGAAUAUGAUGGAAGUGAAAUAUUACAAACUGAGCAUUCAUACUGCAAACAAGACAUAGACAGAGAUCACCUUUGGCAAAAAAUUUCAAAACUCCACUCUAAGAUAACUUUACUUGAAAUGCAGGAGGUAAAAACUUUGGGGAGACUUAGGUCCUUGGAAGCUCUUAUUGGACAAUUGAAGCAAGAAAACCAGCUUUCUGAAGAAAAACUGAAGACGGUAGAAAACUGUUUUACAACCCUUGAAGUAACUAUAAUACAGUAAAGGCUUUCACUAAUGGUUCUAAAAUAUCUUUUUAGUCUCUUUGACUGUCCUUUUGGACAAAUUAACUUUUGUUUCAGUCAUAGUGUUCUAAACGUCUGAUGCAAAUUGUGUUACUAGCAAAUAUUCUUUAAAAUGUUACAUUAGCUAAAGCUGGGUGGUAGACUAUUGACUGUAAAACAUGACUUGCAAGUAAGCCUAAAACAAAACCUCUCAAUUGCGUGAUUUUUUCUAAAAAAGUGAGUGAAUUGAAUCAAUAAAGUUAAAUAACCCUUUCUAGCUACAGCCUUCUCCAAAACAUGCAACUCCUGUAUUUGAGGCAGCAGUAGAACAGACAGAAUAAGCAUAUGGGAUGGACAAUUAUAAAACUCCUGUUUGAAAAAAAAAAAGUGUCCCAAUUCUCUUUCAAAUGAGUAAGAAGAUAUGUAACAUGCAUUGUUCAGUGAGGCAGCAAUUGCUCUUUACCCUUCUGUUCAUCUAACAUUUAUUCUGAUAGUUUUUUGUACACUUGGAUCUUAUUAAAAUUGUUUCUACAAUAAAA